UAUAUUGUCCAAUAUAGUAACGCCCCUUGAAACUUUGCAGUAGCGUUAGCGUGCCUUUCGACAAGCAAAACGUGUUAUUUAUCCAUGUUUUCUACAAUCUUACAAUCUGUUCUAUUGUAUUACUCAGCUGUGCAACUGCGCAUGUUUGGGCGCUAAGGUGUGUGGAUGUCAAAAUCGCCAAGAGCUCGUUCAACUGCAGCAGAACCACAGUCCAAACCUGUUCCCGCAGACAAUCUCCCCCUCUGCACACAGGCCAAAUAGCGCCACAAGCAGACCAACUUCAGAGAAGAUCUGAUCAUGUUAAAAAUCCACUAAUCCCAUUCAAAAAGCAAAUUGUAAGUGGUGCUCCCGCAGCAUGGUCUUCAGGCAUACCUCCAAACUCUACAUGCACAGGAAAGAGAAGCACAACAUUAAGUCGCAUAUGAAAAGAACAUCAGUGAGCGAGACCCAGCCGGCGGCAAGAAAGCGCAGGCGAAAAAAUGCCUAUCCGUGUAAGAUAUGCGGCAGGCUCUUCCUCCAUCAUCUCUCUCUGAAUGCCCACUACACUGCGACUUCAUGUUUAAGUGCCAUGAAAAAAGGUCAGCCCACAGGUAACAUCAAAAACACCAAAUUACCAGAGCAUACACCAGACGAAGUUGAAGGCAGCCUUGCGCAAUGCAAGACUGUACGGGCCGGUCCAGGGAGACCCUGGAAGGAGGUAGAAGAGGAGGAGGACGACGACGACGUGGAAGUGGAAGGAGAGUUCCCGUGCCCCUCCUGCACUGAGGUGUUUCCUCUGCAGUCGCAGCUGAGGCAACACGUGGAGCUCCAUGACGCCUCCACAAUGAGGAGAGAGUGCAGCGUGUGCACGAAAGAGAUGGACACCUUCGAGCAACCGGCAUCGAGAAGGCAGCGCGUUUAUCAUUGUGUGCCCUGUCAGGAGGGCUUCUCAGCACUGGACACCUUCCUUGAACAUUGUCAGGAGCACCUAAUAGCCAGGGAGGAAGCAGAAGAUUAGGCCUACAGGGAUUGGAGUGUGUGUUCUUUCUAGAACUUUUAUCCAAGCAGACAAUGCUGGAAGAGAACAGCAAAAUACUAUGUAAUCUUGUUGAUUUUAUGAAUAUUUUUGGCAAAUGUCAGAAUUGAAUGUGGUGGAUCUUCAUGUAUAAUGUGAUUCAGAAAGCUGAUUUUCCAGAAGGUUGUUUUUUUAUAUUGAUUGAUCUUUAAUCAUGAGUUUGAAAUUUGUCAAAAUCCUAGUACACGUGUGAUGAAAAUUAUGAAACAAGUGUAAAUAUUAAUACUGCAACUAUCCACGGUAUCAGUUUUUUAAUGAGACUAAAUUCUGGCCGCAAUAUCACUGAUAUGAGAGGGUUAGCAAUUUCAGGGACAUGCAAAAUGUGAUUCAAACUAACUGAUUUUAUCAAUUACAAAAUCAAGUAAAAUGAGCAGUGGCGAAGAUAUGCCAAAAUAACCAAACUCAGUCUUGCCACUUUUUUUUUUUGAAUGUGCCUUUUUGUUCCUAGCUACUGUAUUUUUUCUAUCAGCAGCUAUGAAGUAUUUCUUUCUACUCUUUUGAAACUUCACCUUGAACACUGGUUUGUUGUUUUUCACUGCAGUCAUAUUUAAACUGCUCUCAUUAAAUGCUGUCUUAUCGACUGAAUCAAA